AUGACAAGCGCUCCCGUCUCCCGUGGCCACACCCCCCUCCCCGAGUCCCAAACCCUCCACCUCCCUCGCAUCCUGUGCCUCCACGGUGGCGGCGUGACCGGCGACGUCUUCCGCGCCCAAGCCCGCUCUCUCAUCAAAUACCUCCCCGACUUCCGGCUCGUCUUCGCCGACGGGCCCUUCUUCUGUGAUCCCGGUCCAGGCAUUGUGCCGGUGUACCAGGACUGUGGACCCUUCAGACGCUGGCUGCGAUGGUUACCCGAGCAUCCGGAGAUCGACAACGAGGCGGCGACAGAGGAGGUCAUGUAUGCCAUCGAGACGUGCAAGCGGGAAGACGAAGGGGAUGGGCCGUGGGUGGGACUGAUGGGCUUUAGUCAAGGUGCGAAGUUGUCGAGCAGUUUGCUGUAUGACCAGCAAAUCCGGGUAGAGAAAGAGGGAAAGGCGGAUACGGAUUAUAAGUUUGCGGUGUUGCUUGCCGGGAGGAGCCCAUUGGUGAGCUUUUGCGAGCACAGCAAGAGUCCGGCAUGUGUGGAUGCUGGGGCGAUCAGCGAGGGCUUCAAGUUUGACGGCGAGAGUCCGCAUAUCCUGAAAAUACCGACGAUCCAUGUGCAUGGCUUGGCCGACCAGGGUUUGCAUCUGCACCGGAAGAUGAUGAACCAGUACCACGAUCCGAAGUCGACGACAUUGAUCGAGUGGGAUGGAACACAUAGAGUCCCGAUCAAGAAGACGGAUGUGGAGAAGAUUACAACUGAGAUAUAUCGCGUGGCCAGAGAGCAGGGAGUGAAGGUAUGA